AUGCCCGUUGAUUCAAUGCACAGCAGAAUUGAAAAUCAGAAAAAACGUGCUUUAAAAAGCGGACCUGUAUACAUCCCAGCACAAUGGGUGUCAAUAAUAAAAUUAGCAAAAAAAAAUGGAAAGCCUUAUUCAACAACAGAGAUGAACACAAAGGAUUUUUUAGAUCUUACAAGGUUAUGUAACGACAUGGGUAACAAUUAUUCUUUUAAUGAAGAUGGUGAUAAAAUUUUAAUGGGGGAUAUUGUGGCUAUUAAUUUCAAAAAAAAUAACCCUUUCAAAAUUUACUACAAAACAGAUUUUUCCCAAAAUGAGUAUAAGACUAUAGACAUAAGAAGUCAUGGCAAAAGAAAUCAGUCUUAUCCAGAACAAAAUGAUAUUAAAAUAAAAUGUGCCUAUGAUUCUCCUCCAAAACUUUCGUUAGCUAAAAAAGAAGAUCUUCUUUCAUUAUGCCACUCUAACUUGAUACCUGAACAGUAUCAUCACUUUUUCGAAAGUUUAUUGACAGACCAACAACAACAACAACACAACGAGUCAAUGAUAACCCCACAAACGGCUAAGCAACCAGUAAAUAGUAAGACUACGAAAAAGAAAACUACAAAGAAGACUGAGAAAAAAACAGAAGACAGAAGACCAAAAAAGUUUUAG